UUGAUCCUAAACUACAUUCAACCAAAUAAAAAAAGGUAACCACAUUAGUCAAACCUAUUUAUGUAGUCAUUCCCCAUCUCUUUUUCACAUCUUUGCUUAUGGCACUGAACAAGAAUCACUCCUACAACAACAAACUUGGAUAUGAAGCUCUCCCACCCAUCAAAGCCCUGGCUGAAACACUUCAACACCAACCACAACCUUCUUCCUCAGACUAUGCUUUUCCAAUAUUUGUCAUUGUUGUGCUCAGUAUCUUAGCCACUGUUUUGUUGCUCCUCAGCUACUUCACUUUCUUAACCAAAUACUGCUCAAAUUGGCGUCAAGUUAACCCAAUGAGAUGGAUUUCCCUCCUGAGAAUGCGACACAAUGAGGAUCCCUUCAUAGCAUUCUCUCCUGCUAUGUGGAACCGAGGACUUGAUGAGUCUGUCAUCAGAGAAAUCCCAACUUUUCAGUUCAUAAAAGAAGAAGGUGAGGAUCAAAGUGUGUAUGGCUGUGUGGUUUGUUUGGUUGAGUUUAAGGAACAUGAUGUGCUAAAAGUUCUUCCCAAUUGCAACCAUGCCUUUCAUUUGGACUGCAUUGACGUGUGGCUUCAGGCCAAUUCCAAUUGCCCCCUUUGCAGAUCAAGCAUUUCAGGCAACACACACUGUCCAUUGGAUCAUAUCAUAGCUCCAAGUUCUUCUCCUCAGGAUUCUCAGUUGCUCUCCAAUAUGGGUAGUGAUGAAGAUUUUGUGGUUAUUGAACUGGGAGGAGAGCCUGGAGCAGUGCUUCCACAGGUGCAACAAGAGAGGAAUGACUCAAGGGGAAGCUUGGCACAUAGAAAUCACUCUACAAGGAAGGUGGAGCACUUGAAACCAAGGAAGUGCCACCAUGUUUCCAUCAUGGGAGAUGAGUGUAUUGAUAUCAGAAAGAAAGAUGACCAAUUUCUCAUUCAGCCAAUUAGAAGAUCUUUCUCAAUGGAUUCAGCACAUGAUAGACAAACUUAUUUGGAUGCUCAAGUCAUAAUACAACAAAACAGGCAUCAGAAUGAGGCUAGUGCCAGUGAGUACUAUAACAGCAGAUGUAGAAGAGCAUUCUUCCCAUUUUGUUAUGGAAAGGGAUCCAAAAAUGCAGUUCUUCCUCUGGAGAAUGAUGUUUAGUGUGAGAAGAUUUUCAUUUUUUUCAUCUCUUUUGUUUGGACAAAACCUAGUUGCAGUUAUAAAAGUAUGUCGUUCUUGCAUCAGAAUUGGAGUUUGUGUCUUUUUCUACUUUCAGUCAUCAAAAUGGAGAUCUUUAAGUUUGGGCUGGCUUACUCAUCAUCCAAAUGAAGCAAAGAUCUUUGGAUCACAGUGGUGAAAAUUGGCAGAAGCAAAUGGUUUGUGUAGAGUGACUUUUGCAAUGAUAGUGACUUAGUGAGUCUGACAGUGGAAUUGCUGUGAAAAAGAAAAGUAAAAAGCUUUGCUUUUAGGAUUAGUAAUUAGUACCUUGCUUAAAUUGCAAGGCGUGGGUAUUUUCCUUUUUUAAAGUUUGGUUUUACUCUGAGAUGAAUGUAAAUGAUUGUUAGCAUUGUAUCACUUUCAUACUCAUUCUUUUCACUGGGUACAGUAGUACUUGGGAAUUAUAAUUCCGGGUCCUUCUUUUCUGGAUGUUAUGAUGCUCAUUAUUCCAUUUACUUUAUUGUAUUUGUCCAGAGAAUGUGUAAGGGGGUAGAACAAGCAAGCAUGUGUAUAAGUAGAAGCUAUUUAUUGGAAGCCAGAGAGUAUAGGGUCCCAGGCAAUGAGCAACCAUAAGUAGCAGCAUGAGAAAUGUCUUUUGUGGAAAUUAUCACUAAUACUACCUUUUUGCCUCAUUGCAAUCAUAUGAACAGAGACCAACUGCAUGAUAAAGCAUUAAAUGUGGUUUAAUUUGGUAUUCAGCAUCUGUCCUUGUCCUUUCAUAGCUCCUAACCACUAUCUC